AUGCACUCCCAGCUGCCCAGGCCCCUCAGACUCCAACACAUUUUCGGUUUUCGGAGGAAUGCCCAAGCAGCUACACUGAAGCGGCUACUGGAAGCGCACAUCUUGGACUUCCGACCCCUGGUGGCACUAGAGUCGGGGUACCUCCAGAUGAGCGCGGCGCUCCUCACCAAAUUCGAUAUUUCCCCGGAGACGUAUCGGCAGCGCUUUAGAGCCACCGGAGUUCCUGCUGGAGAGACGCCCACGGAGACCUACCAUCGGCUACGAGGACUCUACCGUCGCUGGAUUCGCCCCGACAUCCUGUCCAAGGACGCGAUCGGUGAGCUCAUCGUCUUGGAGCAACUGCUGUGUGUGCUUCCGCCGGACGUCCGUAUGUGGGUGAAGGAGCACAACUUGGAGGACGGCCUUACAGCAGCGAAGUUAGCUCUUCAGUACCAGAACGCGCAUCGAGGAUUCACACGCUUUCCCAGUUCGAGUCAACGUCCAGCACCACCACCAGGACCACCUUCUGCACCACCCCCGAGACCAACCCAAGAUCUGCAGACCGGAGCCGCAGACGCCGACGGUCGCCAUGACACCGGAAACAUCCACCACAGACGCGACCACAAGAGGGCGCUGUCCCCGUCUCUCUGUGGAUGA